ACCAAUAUAAAGCGGAUUCACACAUUUGAUCUGGACAAACCUAAACCCUGAAGAAUUGGAUAAUUACAAGGAGCUGAACACGUGCCAUUGCAAGCAUUUUUUUUUUGUUUGGUUAUUGGAUUAAAACCAAAGACAUUGCUUAGGCAAAACGCUGAACUAAUAAAGUUCGAGAACAGAACCACUCAGAAUGGCCGAUAAACUUACUGCGCUCGGAAUUGGCCAGCAUAAUGAUUCCGGGUAUAUACGGAGGUGCCGCUUGCUCCAUUUAAAGCCAACGGCGCUCAUCAGUCAGCUGCUGCCCAACUUCCAAGUUUUGCAAAGAGUGCGCUGCCUCUCCGUGGGGAGCAUGUCGCAAGCGGCUCUGGAGGAGGUCUUCACGAACUGCAGGCAGCUGGAGAGCCUACUUCUGUGCGACACGGUGGGUACCGGCACCGUUUACGACAUUCGGAGCAUUUGGCACUGCCAGAUGUUGAAGGUGCUGCUGAUUCCCCUGAGUGUGAGAACGCCACUGGCCGUCUGCUUACUGGAGAACCUCACGCAUCUCACGCUUCAGCGCUACAAAUUCAGUCCAGGAAUGGAGUGGAUGCCCACCGUUCUGACCAUCAUCCGUUACAAGCGGUUCAAUCUCCAUGAAUUCUCCUUUGAUGGAUCCGGGCUGGCCGCUCCCAUGAAUCUUUGCCAGCUUCAGCUGGCCCAAUGCACAGCCCUCACCGAACUGAGAUUGAGCAACUGCCUGCUGGCUGAAAUGGAAAGCCCGCCAUUGCCCUUCUCCUGCCAACGGCUCAGCUUCCGGCGAUGCAAAAUAGGCAAAACGUGUGGUUACAUGCAUCCGCUUCUGAAGAAAGUGGAUCUGUUUAACUGUCAGAUGUUGUUUGAUACUCCCAUGCUACGCCGCCUCCUGAACUUGAGAAGGCACCAGCCCAUCGAAGGACCACUCCUGCUCACCUUUAGCCAGUCCCCCAGACUGCGAUCUGAGCUCUCGAAGUGGUCCCAGGAGGAAGUGAGUGCCAACAGCCAGUGGCUGCAAGUGAAGGAAGUGGGUCCGCACCAGGCAAUUACAUGGCAACAGCCAUACGCUACGCUUUCCAUGAGGUUUGGCCUCUCCGUAAGAUAUAUGCCCGAUCUGAAUCUCCCGGAGGAGAGUAUCCCGAGUGCCGCUGAUGUACUCAGUUCCCUGGAUUCUUCAUAAGGAGUUAGAUCCGCCUAGUAAAAGCACAGGCCUUAGCUAUUCGGUCAUCACUUGAUGUACAAUAUACAGUUCCUUAGUCAACUUUUGACAAAUCACCACCUAAAGUGGGUCUAUGUGAUCUUUCUCUAAUAAAAUCCGAAUAUCAAUAAAAUGUGGGACUAUUUGUCAUUAUUUUUCAACUAUCAAGUUACGUACAUAUAUUCAAAAGGGGAUGCUGGAUUGCAAAUUUCAAAAGGAAUUUCGCAAUUUAAUUGUGAAUUCCUAAGGAAAGCACUUAAAACGCCCCUCCUCUCUUCAGAUAACACAUUUCUUUACUCCCACAAUUUAAUGAAUACAAAUCCCACGUAAAAUACCUCCAGCCGACAGAUGCCCCCAUUCACUUCGAGUGGCACACAACAUAUUAAACAUAUCAAAUCUAAGCUCGAAAGGCUUCGCCAUGUUUGCGUUAGGAUCGCCAUUUUUCCAGGCGGAUGAGUUUUGUUUAUCAGCGAGCACAUAAAUUACGAAAAAGUUGGAAAAAACAAGGAGUAAAGUGAAAUUUAUGUGUACCGCAUGUAAUUAAUAAUAAAAGAAAUCGCGCAAACGAAUUAAAUGGUUCUGUGUGUGUGUUUAACUUGCUUGUUAGCCCGUCCAGAACGGCGCUUAAUUAGACCAAUUCCCCGCCCCCCCAGUCCGCCCACUCACUAACUUUAUGUUUGGGCCAACUUAAUUGGGUCCGAGCAGCAGUGCAGCGGCUAAUCAGGUUAACCAAUCCCAGCAGCAAUGUUAAGCAGCAGGCUUGGGUGUUACCUGGGCGGAGAAAGUCCAAUCGGACAGAUGGAGUGGACAGGUGAUGGCGCAAAGCAAAGAUCGUAAAUGGUAUUCAUGCGGAGUUUGGUUCGAGGUUGGUUCGCUAUCCUUCCUUUCCAUUUAAAAGUGGCAAUCAGUCAUUUCUUAAAUUGAAUGUCGUCAAGCGGUAGGAAAAAUUAGACUUUUUGAAAUAAAUGGAAAUAGAAUAAAUUUGAAUUCGAAAUGGAAAAACAUAAGAUUGGCCAAUCAAAAAAGCAAGUGUCUUUGGCUCUUCCAAUGUGUCAUGUAUAAUAUGUCAUAAUUUAUGAUUUUAUUUAUAUAUUUACAAGAACAAAACAUCCUUGUUGAAACUGGAACACUUGAACCAUAGAAUGUAUCUUGAUCGCAACUUAGCACACCCAGAUCAAACUUCUGGCAAAAAUAGUGUUCAAAAUUCAAUAUAUACCAAGUGAUUUAAAAUGGGACGACUAUCGAUCUUAGUAAAGAAGUUGUAACACUAAAGCUACAUAUGUAUUAACCAGCCUUGAUUACUGCACAAUUGUUAAAGUUUAAAAACUUUAUCAAACGGCCGCCAUCUGAAUUCAUAACGAGAGUAGGAGAAAUCGUGUUAAACGUUCCGGCGUAAUCCCUAAAAUGUUAAGCCCCGCAACAUUUGCUUUUAAUUCCUGCAGAGUUGCAAUGGUUGUUCAGUUUCCAAACGAUAUAAUCCAUGCAUCAUCUCAUGGCAGCAGUCCGAUUAGACACGCCCCCCUGACUGCUGGGUUUGGCCUUUUUCAACUUUGCACUCGAAUGAAUACGAAAUACGAAAAUUCACGCGAAAUUCCCUGACAGAACCCACGACAAAGAUAAAGUCCCCACACCCACCCCACCCACCACCAGUAGACCCACGCCGAACGACCCCCACUUGAAUUAUUAUGUUAUAGCUCCUGGGUGGGGGAGACUCCUGGCCCCAUACUAUAUAUGUACUAUGGGCUCCGAAGCCGAAAAGUUUGCACCAAUCAUUGCUCAACCAUUUGGGCAGAAAUUUUAAAUUUAUUGCCCCAACAAUGCGACAGCAAACAAUAACAUUAACAAAGUAAUAAUUCAAGACCCCUUAAAUGGUUUCAAUUAUGUGCCCAAAAUGUGUGACGAGUGCCGGAAGAACGAAAGGGAUAAUAUGGGUGGUUGGGUUGGGUGGAUGGUCAGGUUGGGUUGGGUAGUCAGUGCCAUGGCAGAAACCCAAAACCGAAAUCAGUUUAUGUGGUUUACUGAACAGUUACACUAAUUACCGCACAACAAAACUGCGGCUCUCAUUUACCGGUGUUGUUCUUGCACUUGUUGUGCCGCCGGUUGCUGUUUUUAUAAACUUUAGUGUGCGAAUAGUUUUUAAUUACACAGAUAUGCUGGCAGCAAGAAAAACAAUUGAAAACCUAACGAGGGAAUAAAGUUUGAAGCUGCCGGCCUCCACUGGCUGGAUUCGUUGCGGAUCCCCCGAUACCCAGUGAUGAUGGAUUGGCCAGUUUUAACUAAUUGAAGCAGUGUCCUUUUGUUGAAUUAAAACAUAAUUCAAUUAGAGUUACGGCAAGCUGAACUAAGUUUAAAGAACAACAGCUUAGAUUAAAAUGAGAAAAUCUAAAAUGUUUUGCUUAAAACCAUUAAAGUGCCAUUAAAGUCUGGUGCUUAUGAGGGAAUAAGUUAGUUUAUAGACCAACAUUAAUGAGCACCUUACUCAAUAAUUAAUGCAUUAAAUGAGUAAUUUUAAAAUUAGACUUCUUUGUGAGAAACAUUAGUAUAUUUCCAACUGAACGUUUAAUUAGCAGUGAGGCAUACCCCAUUUUAGCUGGCCAUAAUCGAGUUCAAACUUACGUCCAAUCUUAUGCAUGCAGUGGGUCAUGUCCGCAAGUUUGCAGAAAAAUUAAGUUACUUAAAGCCAACUGCAGCGGCUACUUAGGCGGAGGAACUGCCUGCAGCUGUGCUGCUCGCUGGUGGAAAGUAGAAAGUGGAAAGUGGAAAACUAUUUCUGCAAAUUGUUCUCGGGCGAAGCGUUUAAUAAAAAUGUAAACUUGAGUGCAACUCGACGCAGUCUCCGCUCACUUUAUGCUCGCAUUUGGCAUAAUAUUAUUUACAUAAUAAAUACUCAGUUGUUGUUUGUUGUGCUGCGCGUAAAUUUGCCGCCCGAGGCGCGACACUGGAACGGGGAGGCGUCCCCCGAAAGUAGGCAAUCCACGGAUGGGGGUGGAUGGGUGCUUGGGUGCCUGGUGACCCCAGCCCACAGUGGGAGUACAAUGUGGGCGGCAUGACUCGGUAAUUCCAGGCCCAUCUGCGGCAUUUUAUGCUCCAAUAAAAUCGCAAUGUGGCCGCGAGCUUAAAGCUUGAUUGGAUCAGGAAAGGGACGUGGAACAGUGACCAGUCCACCAUUGUUUCAUUAGGUGCUCCCAGAAGAGUCAAGUACAGAGAAUUUGCCAAAGAAUGACGACAAUCUGUGCUUGGGAGAUUGAAACACUGUUCAUUAUAAGAUCCCUUCUAGCUGUUCGCCCCAUAAACCAUCCGAAAAUCUAGGGAGUUACAGAGCCUUCUUUAACGCAUAAACUGAAAAGGCAUAUAUCAACUGAUGAACAGGACUAAUAAUCUUAAUUAGGAAUGAAGUGGACACCACUGACGAUAACUGCAAAAAGUUGUACUUCAGCGAUCUGCUGUGCAGCUCUAUCGCGAUGGAUGGGCGAAUUGGUGGACACAUUACUCAUGUUCAGAACAAAGACAUUAUAAUGUAUAGAAUAUUCUGUCUUCGGUCAGAAUAAAUGGUGUAUUAGCCCACUACGACAUAGAAUAUAAGGAAGAUACCAAAGCAGGUCAGGACUCUAGUGCUGGAACACGGUCAGAGGAAAUACAGCUCCUGCUCCGUGAUGUGGCAGGCCACAUCCUCCUCGUUUUCCAGCAAGCCGCCAAGGAGCGAGAAAUUCCGGAGCAGCUGCUCCAACUACAGUGUCAUCUUGAAUGUGGGAAUCUGAGUAAUACACUAAAUUUAAUAAGACAGGCUGGGCUAACGACUCCAAAUUUACCUGAAGCACAACUAUGCCGGCCGGCAAGAUGACCGCAAAAUUUGUGAACAGUCGGACCAAGACCAGGCCACACCCCAACAGCUGAACCACCGCAAGGGCGGCGGAGCUCUGGAGUUGGUCCUGCAGAAAGGCCAGCUGUUCCACCCACUGGAGCAACAUGCCCAGCGCGUCCUCGCACCACCAUGGGCAGACCGGAUGACCUUUUGCCCAGAUCCACCGCCCGUUCUGAAAAGGGGGUCCCCUACUGCGUCGGGAGCAUGUUCCGAGAUUCCUGCUCCAAGCCGCAAGACUACUGCGAGCUAAGAGGAUGACAGUCGUGGCAGUGAUAACAAACGGCGUACGCCAGGCUGAGUAAUCGGUCCGGUCUGCCUUUAGUCUGUGGCACAUCCUGGAGAGAUUGCUUCGCUACGAGGCGUCGUAAGAGGUCCUUUUCCGGGCACAGCUGUCGUUUCGGAAAUUUCAUUUCGUAAUGCGCUCCUGUCCUAUUAACAUACAUAUUGUACCAUCUUCGUAGAAAAACUGAUUUAGAUGAAUUAUAUUUAAAAGAAUUUUUUUAAAUAUGAAAUUUGUAGCCUAAGCUAACUUGAAAUUGGUCCGGAAUCCCAGUCAUCCGAUGGCAUCACUGCUUUUGAAGAGCGUUUCUCUACACAGAUAACCAUCAAAAUAUAUCCCAAAAUGAACCUAGUUUUUAUAAUUUCUCCAUUCAUAAUUUAGGCCCGAGUAUCAUUCCCCAGAGGAAGGCAGCUGGGGGAAUAAUGAGAAUUUCACACGAAAUUAUCCCCCAUCAAUUGCUAAAUUGUUUUGCACCUUGCAAAAAAGGGAAUACAACUUUCAAACCCCCAUACACUUGACCUGAAUGCAAUCGAACAGAUGCCCUGAGCAAAUAAAUUUGCAUUUUCCAUGACAUAUCGCAAUAUGCUGCUGGAAAAUAUAUAUUUUCUAAAAUAUAUAUCGCAAUUUGUCAAUUAAUACACAAAAAGCUUGCCUAAUGCGCUUAAUUUGAUGGUAGGCGGCAAACAAACAGAUUCCGUUGGGUUAUAUGCAAAAUAGUUUGUUUUGGCUUGGAGUCUACUAUUACAUAAUAAAAAUGCUUUAAAUGAAGUUAAGUUAGUACUAAAGUAAAUUAUAAACUUUAAUUGAUCGAAAAGGUAUUCAGCAGAUGGGCAGAAGCGUUUUCGACUCAAUUAAGUAUAUAUAUUUUAUCGUUCCUAACUUUUUUAACUGAAACAUCUUUCGAAUAUUGAGGUACUAUUAAAAGCCGAGGAAGCUUCAAGGUAAAUUGUAUGUAUGUAUGUUCUUAAGGUGCAGUCUUAAACUUCAUAUAUUCCCAUUCGAUAAGAAAGAAGUCCAUUAAAAUGCAGAUAACUUAAAAAAUGGGUAUUUAAUUGGUCUUAAUUCCGGAAAAACUUCCUACAUAACUAACUGACAGCUGCAUUUCGAUUGUUUGUCAGCUUGUCAAAAGACUGAAAUAAUUAUUUGUCCGGAAAAAACUUCGAUAAAGUUUGCCAACUGAUG